AGAUUUCCCUUACACAUCAUGUUCUUCUUAUACAAACCUUCGAUUUUGGGCCCAAAAUUUCUGCCGGUUCCCAACAAAUAAGUUUUCAAAAUAUUCUCGGAAAAAAAUCAUGUCAGGAGAACGUUUGACGAAUACUUAAGUAUUACAAGGAAACUUGUAAGGAGAAAAGACCCGAAAUCGCUCCAACAAGCUUCUCCUGGUACUACACUUUUCUGAACAAAUUUUAUGAUUGAAUUCCUGGGCAACCAGAAGGAAUUUUCAGCCCAAAAUUGGGAAUUUGUAUUAUAGCCCAAAAAUAUACCAAAUAACAUGAAUAUUAGAAAAUUUUCAAACAUGGAUUUAUAUUUCUUUUUCCAUAUGGUCUUCGUAUCAUUUUAUCUUAGGAAUUUAGAAUGCAAUAUGAAAGGCGACAUUAUUCGUGGAUCAUCUUGAUAAUUAUAUACAUAAGUAAUAUAAAUGAUAAAUAAUAUUUAUUUUAUAUGCAACACAAUAGUGGCGAGUCACUAAUUAUUCGUAACGACAUGAUCAACAUGUACACUUUAAUCAGAAUGACAAAUUUAAAGAAGCUUUGGAUUGGCAUUACUUCCAUACAUUAGCGUUUGUAAUUAUGUAUCACAGAUAAAGGAUAUAGGGUAACCAAACUUUUAAUAAAUACAUUUUAUACAUUUUUAAUUCUAUAUUUUAGUUUUACGAAUUUAAUAAAUUUUGUUAUACAUACAUAUGAAGGCCGCAGGCGGUAAGACGUAUUUCUUAUUUUUUACACAGAAUAGUUUUAAAAUUUAGUACGUCGCCAAUCAAUCUCGUAUUGCUAAAACUGUCUGUAUAUUUAUGUUUUAUAUAUAUAUAUAUUUAUUGAUUAUAUAUUAAAAUUAAAAAAUCAAUAAAAGUAUAUUUAUUGUGUUUUUCUCUUGUGAUCUUUGUAUUGGAAGCGAAAAUUUUAAAGAAUAUUCGGCAUCGAUCUUUAGACGCGCAAGCGCCAACCGGCAGAUUUACCUAGUUUUCGUGACACCGUGUACGCGUGCGGUCGAAACCGAGGUGAUCAUCUAUUUUCGUUUUCAUCCAGAAUUCCGAAGCUGCCGAGGUUAAAAACCAAUUGCACUGUGUUACUCCCAGUCUGAACGUAAAUGACACCAGUACCACCUGUACCAGAGAAAAAUAUUCGUCAAUUAAGAAUUCGUGAUUUACAUUUGUCGACACAUAUACAAACACAAAACACAUAAAAAUGUUUAAGAUAUGUAAAUUUCGUUCUGUAUCGUUAGAUGGAUGAUAUUCAAUUAGAUUCAAUGUCUGCCAUUCUCGACGCAUGUGGAAAUGAUACUGGAUCCCCCUCGAUAUCAAAGGCUGAGGAUAAUCUAUCCAACAGCGACGGACCACUGAUUAAAGGCUGCAUUCGUCAAAAUAGUUGCAGUAGCGUUCACAUAAGUUCCGAAAACAUUAAUCGAACAACAAUCGUGUCAUCCUAUACCAUGUCGGCAUCCAACGAGAAGUUGAUAAAACGACGGUAUUGUUUGUGGACCUUAACUUUUAUCCUAGCGAUAAUUGGACUUUGUAACCUUUUUCUCAACAUCACCGUAAUCGCUGUCCUACGAAUCAGUCAAGGAAUGGAAGCAAUGGAAGUGAUACCUGACGAGAAUCUUGUAAAGUUUUAUGGGAAAACCGACUUGGACAGGGUAUGCUUACAAUCAGGUGUUUGUCAGAGUUACGGAGACGAGCCGAUGGAAAUAUCCGGUAACGAAGCUGGUGUGCAAAUACGCGUGAAUGUGAAUAACCAUCGAACAGACGAUGAAACGCUUGCUAAAGUAACGAUUUUGUCGAACGGUACCACUAUGUCAAAAGUAGAAUCUUUCGAAGUGAAAGACCCCAGAACCGGCACUAUUUAUUUCACUACCGAUUUCCCCAAUUUCGGAUUACCUGCAGGAGUGAAGAAAAUCGAUGUAAAAAUCGCAGAAACGCACAGAAUCACGUCACCAGUUAACGAAAGUCUUACCGUAAAUUCGGAUGAUCAAAUUUCUAUGCAAGGCGCAGAAGGCGCUAGCAUGGAAAGCAAAGAUAUCGUCUGGAGCGCGGAUACAGAUAUUUUUUUGAGAAGCGUCAACGGAAGCAUUAUCCUUGAUGCCAAAGAUGGUGUCUCUAUCGAUGUAGAAAACAUACCAGUUGCACCACUGUUUCUACAAAAUCCAUCUGGUCAUGAACAAUAUAAAGUUUGCAUUUGCAUGCCACAAGGGAAACUCUUCAAAGUAGCAGUUCGUGCUGGUGUGAGCAGUCGAUCAGUAAAUUGUGCUCGUAUCAAUCGAACUCCGGAAAACGAUCCUUGCUUGCGAUAGGUUCGGAGCACCUAGCUUUUAUUGCGAUCUUUUUAACAUAUCUAACACUGCCAAGUGUACGAAAUUGAAAAGGCAAUAGCUAAUUUGCUAUUUAAAUUAUCAAAUAUUAGUGAAAUAUUUGAAAUAAAUUAAGAAAAAUAUGUUUCCAUAUGAAUCAAUUUAGAAAACAUUGUAGGGACUUAGAUCAUGCAUUAUACUAAUAAUAGAUAAAUAUAAUUCGGAUUUUAUUUGAAAUGUCAUAUACAAGUCCAUACAUUUUCAUCACGUAAAAUUAUCGGCACUAGUCGUUAAUAAAAAAUCAUACAUUCUUGAAAUUCGUAUGCAAUACUGAAUACAUUAACUUUUGUAUCAGAUGAUCAAGAUCAUGAAUACAUCAUUAUAGAAAAUAGUACACAACUUUUGCCCUAUAGUAGCAAGGACAUUAAAUGAAAACACAACUACAAUGAAUAAAAAACUAAGCACUCUC